ACAUCCGGAGUAAUUCUCCCACUUCUUCCGGGUAAACAAACGCCAGGCGGAGACGCGGGUAAUGCAAACUUUUCCUGCGCGUGAACCACCGUGUAAACACGGUAAAAGACUGUCAUGUAUCAACUGGAUAAAACGACCGUAGCGAAGAAACGCUCUCCGCCCGUGAAAGUGCUCUCCUCCCAGCUAAGGACGGCACAGAACCAGGGAGCAGCCGGCAGCGGGGAUUGCUGGGUGAUCAGACCGGGCAGAGGUCGCUCUCUCCCGGUGUCACUGGUGUGGAUGCAGGGCACCGUAAUGGAGGCGCCGCUGGACACGAACACCGUUCUGCUCAUGGACGAGACGGGGACGUUUGCUGUCCAGGGCGUUAACAACGUCCCUAAAGGGAAACCAUGUUUGUCCCAAGGCAAGUACGUGAUGGUGAUGGGUGUCAUCCAGGCCGUCUCUCCGGAGCCAGUCAUCCGAGCCGUGAAGAUGGCAGAUCUGUCGGCGCUCGCCGCGCUUCACAGGCGGAUGUGGAAGCUAGAGGUGGAGGAGCUGCAGCAGGUACUGACCUGACAGCAGGGACACUUUGCACAAGUCGUUGUUGUCACAUAAACUCCCUCAUUGGACUGAGGAGAAGAUGCCGGGUUCAUCUGGGAGGCUUUAGAUUAUAGGCUUUUAUUUUGAAGGUGAAACAUGGGACAGAACUUACGCUGAAUCAGUGCAUAUCCCGGUUUGCUGUUAAAAUGAAUCUGAUUAAGAUGAAAACAUCAAAAAACCUCAUGUAUUAAUUUGAUUAUCACUUAUUCCUCUGUAUGACUAUUCAGGUUGAGGUCUGUUUACAUGGUAGAGUUUUAUUCAGGCUAUUGUUUCAAUCUGGUUAAUAUUGGAAUAUUAUCGUACAUGUGAACAGCUCCAGUAGUUCCUGUCAGGCAGAAAAAAAUGGAACCAAAACCUUAUAAAGGACCAAUGGGAACACAAGAUUUAAAGGUACAGUGUGUAAAAAUUGCCAAUAUUUAUUGGUGGAGAUGCACAUUUUAGCCUCUGUUUGCACCAAAACUCAAAAUAUGUUUAGUUUCUCCAGUGAGGGCUAUUGUAAUAACAAGGUGUUCCAAAAUAGUGACCUCGGUUGAGCUGACCCUGCUUCUAAUACAAAACGUAAAGGCUCAUUUUGAAUGUAAACCUUUAAAAAUGUUUUAUUUCAUUAUUUAUCUUCAAUUUCUGCCAAAUUCAAAAGAAUAAAUUCACCCUGAAUUUUUCACUCUGGACCUUUUAUAACGGUGUGGCUGGGAGGAGAAAGUCAUUGGGAAAUCAAAAGAUAUUUAUGGAAACCUUAACUAAUAAUGUCUGUUUUAUCUUUAUGAUAUGUUAAUUCUGCAGGAAAUGUAACAGGUCGGGUGCUUCCAAAAGUAUUUUUAGAUUCAGAAAUAAAACUUAUUAAUGAAAUAAUGUAAGCUACAUUUACAUUGACAAAUUGGGAUUAAAAUUGCAUCUUGACUGCUGUAAAUAAAUAAAUGUAAAUAAAUUAUCCAAGUUCAUUCACCCUAAUACUGUACGUAACGGGCCAGUGUGUAACAUUUAGGAUUAAAGGACAUAAUUUAUAUCUGCUUCCCAUUAAUGUUUAUAUAUAUGUAAUGGCAUUAAAAUAAAAUGUUUUUUCAUAGAA